AUGUUCCCGGUAGCGCAAAAGGUUUGUCCAGGUCCAGUGGAUGAAGAAGUUGAGCUCAUCGAUGAAGACGGAGAACUUGUGGCGGAUGGAGGACUUGAUAUGGGCGGCAGACUCGUUGUGUUUGAAAAGCUUGAGAAGGGUACGGAACUCGAAAUGGGCGAAGAAACCGUUGUGUUCGAGAAACUAGUAAAAGGCAAGGAAGUAGAUGUGACUGAAGGACUUGCCACGGCUAACGAACUCGUCGUCGGGGAGGAAGUCGAACCAGGCAAAGAAUCUCUUGUGGGAGAGGAACUCGCUACGAGUGAGGAACUUGAAUCUGGCGAGGGUGUCGAGACAGGCGAAGAAUUUGCACUGGAUGGAGAGCUUUCCGUGGGCGAUGCACUCAAUGUGGACUUUUCCGGGGGGGUUGAGAUUGGCGGGGGAGUCGCUGUGGAGGAGGAGCUUGAUAGUGUCAAGGAGCUGGACACGGGCGACAGACUCGAUACAGGUGAUGAAGGCGAGAUCAGUGUUGAUAGACUUGCCGAGGAGAGAUCGCUCCUCAUGGACGGAGAGUGGAGGAUAUUACUGGAUGGACUCAGCGUAAGGAGUGGAGAACUGUUGUUGAGGCUUGAUGUAGAUGAAGUAAUUGAAGGGGAGUUGAAAACAAUUGCCGAAGACGGCGUUGAUAUUGAGGUAGAGGUGGGGUUUACGACACAUUCCGAGGUGGAUAUUGUUGACGCUCGAGUAAGGGAGCUCGCUGUCAACGACGACGACGAAAAUAGAGAUUGCGAAGGCGAUGUUGGCAAGGACGAUGGCGCUGAUAAAGAGGACUGCGAACCACUGAGAACGGGCGAUGACGAUGAAAGGCUUGAGGGCCCAGCGUCGCCAUCGAACCUAAUGUAG